CUAGUGUUUAUUGUAUAAGAUAACACGAAGUGGUGAUGCCAUCUCUCACCAUUUGUGGUAAUUCUCUCCACAAAAUCGGAGAAGAAACGAUGAGACAGACGCGAAAUACUCUGUAUUCUGUAUUAUUCAUUGGAUUGUAUUUCGUUGGACUAUCAUUUGCAGAAGCGUUUAUAGAACUGAAUGACAUAGCAGAUCUCGUUCAGAAUGUAACGAAGGCACGAAUUGCACCUAAUUUUGGACGACAUGGACCAAAGUCGAGUUAUUAUUACACCCAGAAUAAGAAAUAUAAUCAGUCAGCUCCAAUUGCAUUUGAAACUUUUUAUAAAUUUUCGUAUGAUGUUCCACAGGAAUUGUAUAUGCGGACGCGAUUUAUAAUAAAAUAUUACGGUGAAGAGUAUAAAUCAGUUGGUAUAUUGGCGACAGGUGACUUGGUCAUUGGACCAAUAGAUUCUGAUAGCUCGGAUAUGAGAAGAAUAAAAACAUUCCCUGGAAGAGCGAAAGGGGUAAAAGUGGAAAUAAUUAAUGACAACAGUUUUUUAGCCAUUAAAUGGUUGGAUUUAACAGUUAUCAAUAAAUUUGGGGAGGAAACAGUGGAAAAUGUCGAGGUUGUCUGUGUCAUAUACCCCAGUGGAAAUAUAUUGAUUUACUUCGAGAAGAUACCAGAAGAAGGUGAAAGCGCAGAUGUCAGAGUGAUUGUUGAAGAUGGCUUAGAUUUAGUGGCAGGGAGUGGUAAAAGGCUUAUGAUGUCAUAUGGCACAGAUAAAUCACCUUGGUUUGCGUUGAAAACGCGCAUGCUGAUGGAAUUCACUCCAAAUCCAAACAUUUGCUCUGUACAACGAUCGUCUCAACAGUGCAGCAAUGCAUCAACAGAAGAUGUCACCUGUUAUUGGUGUGCUAUGGGUGGAUAUUGUAGCAAUGGUUGUGAUUCUAAAUUUCUGUUUUGGCAAAAUCCAUAUUGUCAUCUAAAUUCAUUAUUGUGACAAUCUCGUGUGGUUUAUGGCUAUUGGUUGGGAGAAGAAGGUCGACGGACACUACUCAAAAAGCUGCUACAGCAAUCAUAUUCGAUUUGAAACGUGAAGGCAAACUAUAAAUCAUCAUCGAAGUGUACAUUUGUAUUCAGGAUUCAAUUUAUUUAUUUAUUUAUUCAUUCAUUCAUUCACUCACUUAUUUUUCAAUCUUGUUUUAUCAUUACUUCAUCUUAACAAUAAUAGAACCAAAUGACUAUUAUUAUUAUUAUAGUUAUCAUUAUUAAUAUUAUCAUUUCAAACAAAGUGCCUAUAGACGAUAUAUUAUCUUCACUUAUAGUGGAUCAUUUUCAUUGUAAAUUAAAGAAUAAACCUAGUUGAUUC